AUGGGCUCCAGACUAGAAAAGAACAGCAAUUCAGUGCGCAAACGUAUCGCUGAACACACCUUUGACGGCGAAGAUGGAGAGGAGUAUGCAGCCUCCAAGUUCGGCGGUUUCACCGACUACAUGAGGCGCAAGAAGCUUAAACUGCAGAACCUCGAUGCCAACCUACGCUCCCAAUCGGACAAACCGCAGAUCUUUCGCAGUAUAGUCGUCCAUGUGAACGGCUAUACCCAGCCCUCCCUCCAAGACCUCCAUGUCCUCGUUGUCACCCAUGGCGGAGGCUUUCAGCAGUAUCUUGAAGGGAAGACCGCCGUUACUCAUAUCGUCGCGUCCGAGCUUACGCCUAAAAAGAAGGUCGAAUUUGCCAAAUAUAGGUGUGUCGCUCCCGCCUGGAUCGUGGACAGCGUUGCAGCUGGGAAAUUGCUUCCGUGGAAUAGUUACAGAAUUGUUGAUGAAGGCGAGACUCAGAAGGUGCUCCGUUUUCAAGGUGGGCAGAUGACCGCUGAAAUCAAUAAGCGUAACGAAGGGUAUAAGGCCGCAAGUGAAUCGAGCUGGUACGUUUCUCAGGUCAAACACGUCGCUGAUAAAAUCAAUGCUUCCCCACGUACCACUGGUUUGCUUGGUAUCCAAGAUUCAGACUCUUUAUCUCAUGACGUCCCUGAGGCUGUUACCAACAUAUCAUUCGAUGAAGCUGCAGAGCCAGAGGACGAGUCUGAUGAGCUCCUUCUACAGCUCGCUGCUACACAAAACUCACUCACUUCUGACACACCGCCUACUGUGGAAGACAAGGACGCUGUCAACCAUCCUCAUCCCAAUGCAUCGAUUGACCACAACCCACACCCCGAACCCCAGGCUGACUCGCCUUUCAAGGGAGAAGAGAGGCAGUUGACUGCUGAAGAGCACAACGCUAUCCUACUUCAAAACCCUCAUAUGGCUAAAUCAAGUACUGCAAAUCCCGAUUUCUUGAACCAAUACUACCGAGAGUCUCGUCUCCACCAUCUCUCCACCUGGAAGGCAGAGCUAAAAGCCCAACUUCAGGCAAGAGCACAGGAACGAUCCUCUCAGCGCCAGCGGCACAAAAGACCUCUGGGUUCCCGCCGCUACGUCAUGCAUGUCGAUUUCGACAGCUUCUUCGCCGCUGUCAGUCUUCGCAAGCAUCCUCAAUGGAAAGACAAGCCUGUUGUCAUCGCUCAUGGAAGCGGUCCUGGUUCGGAGAUUGCCAGUUGCAACUACCCUGCUCGCAGCCAUGGCAUCAAAAAUGGUAUGUGGAUGAAGUAUGCUCUUGACCUGUAUCCUCACCUCAAAGUCUUACCGUAUGAUUACAAAGCAUAUGAGGAAGCCAGCAAGCUUUUCUACGAUUCCAUUCUUGCCAUUGAGGGCAUAGCACAGAGCAUCAGCAUUGACGAAGCACUCAUCGACAUCAGCGAUCUUUGCAUUCGUGCAGGUGGUUCUGAUGGCAAAGACAUAUCCGAGGGCUCAAUCUACAGAGAGCAGAUUAAAGCGAACGAGCUUGCUACGGCAUUGCGAGACGAUGUGCGAAACAAGACCGGCUGUGAAGUGUCUGUAGGCAUUGGAAGCAAUAUCCUGCUCGCCAAAAUUGCACUACGCAAGGCCAAACCGGCUGGCCAACACCUCAUCAUGCCAGAAGAUGUCCUCGACUUCAUAGGUGAACUCUUAGUGACCGAUCUACCGGGUGUUGCACAUAGCACUGGCAACAAGCUCGAGGUUAUUGGUGUCAAAUACGCCAAAGACAUCCGCACAGUAACCAAGGAAAAGCUCAUCAACACGCUUGGUCCAAAAACUGGUGAAAAGAUCUGGGAUUAUUCACGUGGUAUCGAUAGGCAAGAGGUCGGUGAUCAGGUUGUGCGCAAAUCAGUCUCUGCCGAGAUUAACUGGGGCAUUCGUUUUGUCAAUCAGCAACAGGCUGAAGAGUUCGUGUAUUGUUUGUGUGAAGAGCUGUCCAAGAGACUGCUAGAGCAGGUCGUGAAGGGCAAGCAGCUUACUAUGAAGAUCAUGCGCAAAGCUGCUGAUGCUGGACUCGAUCCACCGAAGAAUUUGGGCCACGGAAAGUGUGAUACCUUCAAUAAGGCCAUCACCUUGGGUGUUGCAACAAACGACAAGACGGUCAUCGGCAAGGAGGCAGUCUCUGUCCUGCGAAGCUAUAAUUUUCCUCCCGGUGAGCUUCGCGGGCUUGGUGUGCAAAUGCAGAAGCUUGAACCCUUGAAACCUACGCUCGAUAACGUGGGUGCAUCUUCGAAAAGCAGCCAGAGACAGCUGCAGUUCAAGCGACCAGAGACAAUUAGCAGGAUUUCGGAAGGACGUUCGCCAAUCUCGGCUACUAAGCCUACGAUGACUGCUUCCAGGUCGAGUCCUAUCUCAGAAACUUCUGUGAAGAUUAGAAAACAUCACGAUCCUAUAGAAGAGCUGCCAACUCCCGAAAAACCCUCAUUAGCUGCGCAAAACGAGCUCGCGCAUCUGGAAGAUAAUGACCAGACACCCCUCAAUAUUUCUGGCACACAGUUCGUGCUGCCCUCCCAGAUCGAUCCAGAUGUUCUAGCUGCUUUACCAGCUGAUAUCAGAGCCCGGCUGGCUCCGAAAACGGCCAAACUGUUUGAGGCAAAGCACAAAGACGACACCAUCAGUGAAGGGUCGAGAUCUCGAUCACAGUCACCUUUCAUUAGUGAUUCAGAAGUCCUGCUCCCUAGCGAGAGCCAACUCGACCCCGAAGUCCUAGCAGCAUUGCCUGAAGAUAUGCGUGAGGAGCUCUUGGCUGAGCAAAGACGUGCAAAACGGUCCCUUGUUGGACGGAAGACACAGCAAGUACUACCACAAUCACCCAGGAAGGCCAAACCUUAUACGACGAGGGUCAACGUGACACCAAAGAAGAAACACAAAACCACAACCUUGUUUCCCAAAUUCAAAGCACGUGACCCAUCAGUUCCCACGUUAACACAAGCCAAUUUUGUUUCACGCAGAGAUAAUGGAGGCAUUGCAGAGGCUCAGACUUUAAUACUUGAUGAAGACAUCCCAGAGGACUUGCUCGAUGAGCUUCCAGAACAGAUCAGGCUGGAAAUUUUGGCUGAGCAGAAACGACAGCGCUUACAGCAGAGGUCAAAUCUGGACGUUCCCAAUCGCAGACGUAAUAAGAUCAGGAAGGGUCCGGACGAAGACGUUGAUCCAAGUCAGCGUCGGCUUCACUUUGCUGCACCCAAACCCAGGCCUACAUUUACGGACCGUAAACUGAGUACGUUGCCAGAGCUUCGCGACAUUAUGUCCUCAUGGGUGCGAUCGUGCUCGAGCGGAGUCGAAGGAGAGCCAGAACAGGAAGAUACUCAUGCCCUAGGUACGUAUCUUGCUCGAGUCGUACUUGAGGAAGGCGACAUGGCAAAGGCACAGUCCUUGGUAGAAUGGCUUGAGUAUGUGGUUCAAGACGCAUUUUUAGAAGAUACACCAUCACUUCCAGUAUGGACAAAGACGAUUGCGUUUCUGAAGGCAGAGGUGCAGGGUGCUGUAAGAGAGCGAGGUCUGCAGCCUCUACGAUUUCGAUAG